AUGGCUCAAAUCACUUUUACAUUAUCUGCAGCAUAUGCUGUCGUUGUGUUGAGCUACUGGCAGUUUGCCUUCACUGGCUACUGGGACUUCUGGUUCACAAGUCCAGCCUUCAGUUUUGUCUUCCUGACUGUUGCCCAGUGGACUAUACUUAUGGGCAAUCCUUUUGCUGUGACACAGAUCUCAGGAUGUUUUCAGGCCUACCUUACAUAUGCUUACUCUGAGUGA